AUGAAAUAUUUAAUUUAUUUCACAUUUUAUAAGUAUGGAUUUAUUUAUAUAUAUUUAUUCCUAAUUUUUUUACAAUUACCAAAAUUUUGCCAUCUAACACCAUGUUCCUAUACAAUACCAUCACCUGAUGACAUACAAUUAGGUGUACCAUUAUUUACAAGAAAAGUAUAUCAUCAUAGAAAAACAAGAAGAAAUACAUUUUUAAAUAAUAAUAAUUCUAAUAAUUUAACACCACAUCCAUUAAAAAUUCAUUUACAUUAUGAUAAAGAUAGUGUUGGUAAAUUAUCUUCUAAUAUGCAAUUAUAUAUCAAUUCAACACUUCUUCCAUCUGCAACAAAUUAUUGGGAGGAGGCUCUUCUUGUUAAACAACAACGAUAUCCUAUACGUUUAACAAGAAAAUGUGAAUCUCCAUAUUAUUAUCUUCAUAAAGAUGGUACACAAUUAUGUGUUGGUGGUUGUAAAAAUCAAACUAAAUGUGGUGAAGUUAUCAUACCACCAGAACAUUUAUUAAAAUGUCAUCUUUGUGUAUCAAAAAAUCCUAAAACAUGUAAUAAAAUUUCUGGUAUUGAAGGUCCUGGUAUUAAUGAUGGUGAUUUUUUAUUAUAUGUUUCUGUUGUUAAUUCAAGUAAAUGUGAAAAUAAUGAUACUAUUGCAUAUGCUGCACAUUGUCAACAAGAAUUUGACUAUGAUAGACCUAUUGCUGGUCAUGUUAAUAUAUGUCCAAAAGCUUUAUCAACACAUUUAAAUGAUCAAGAAAUUUUAAUAUCAACUAUAAAACAUGAAAUUUUACAUGCUUUAGGAUUUGCUCAUGGAUUAUUUGCAUUUUAUAGAUAUGAUGAUGGUACUCCAAGGACACCUAGAAAUAGGCAUAAUAGACCAUUAUCAUUAAAUAAAGAAAAAGGUUAUUAUGAUUGGGAUGAAAAUACUGUUAAAAUAAUAACACGUACCAAUUGGUGGACACCAGAUGGACCAAUAACUAAAUAUGUACAUAUGGUUGUAACAGAACGGGUUAAAAAUGAAGUACGAAGACAUUUUGAUUGUAAUAUACUUGAGGGUGCUGAAUUAGAAGAUCAAGGUGGUCUUGGGACAUCAUUAACACAUUGGGAAAAAAGAUUAUUUGAAAAUGAAGCUAUGACUGGAACACAUACACAAAAUCCUGUAUAUAGUAGAAUAACAUUAGCUUUAAUGGAAGAUACAGGAUGGUAUAAAGCUAAUUAUGAUGUUGCUGAACACCUACAUUGGGGUCACAAAUUAGGAUGUAAUUUUACAAUGCAAAGUUGUGGUAAAUGGAUUCAUGAUAAGUUAGAAAAUAAACAAUCAGUAGCACCAUUUUGUACAGAAAUUAAACAUGAUGGUAAAAUAAGUCAUGCACAGACAAGAUGUACAGCUCAAAGAGAUUCAAUUGCAUUAUGUAAUUUAGUUCCAUAUAAAGAAAAAUUACCACAAAUGUAUAAAAAUUUUAAAAAAUUAAAAAAUAUUAAUAAUGAUGAUUUAUCAUAUUUUGGGGGUUCUGUUGAGUUGGCAGAUUUUUGUCCAUAUACUCAAGAAUUUGAAUGGAGGGAUAAUUUAUAUGAUGAUGGUAAUAAAGUAAGAAGAGAUUCAAGAUGUGAAAUUCAUUCUAAUGCCCCACCACCACCAUAUAAUACAUUAUUUGAAAUUUAUGGUCAUCAAUCACAAUGUUUUGACUUUAAAUAUCAUUGGGUCCGUAAACGUUGUAAUGAUAAAUUACCAUACUACCAAAAUAUGGCUGGUUGUUAUGAGUAUAAAUGUCAAAAUGGUCGUUUAUAUAUAUCAGUAUUUAACUCAACAAUCUUCUAUCCAUGUUAUCAUGAAAAUCAAAUAAUAUAUAUCAAUAAAAUUGUUGAUGGAUGGUUACUAGAAGGUACAAUUAAAUGUCCUUCAUGUAAUGAAACGUGUACUGAAAAUGAUUUUAUCAAAUCAGCAAAUAAUAUGUUUAAUAACAAUACCGAUAAUAAUAAUGAUGAAAUUCUAUUAACUUGUAAAGAUAAUGAAGAAUCUUUUAAAUCUUGGUUUCGAAAAGAAAAAUUUUCAAUAAAAGUUAUUUAG